CCUUCUUCUCCACUUUUCAUCUGUCCCUCUCAGCUCAUCUUGGUCAUAUCUUAUACCCUAACACAGUUUGUCUUCCCACCCAUCGUCAACCCCCUUCCCACUCCCUGCGACGCCGACGGCCACUCAACCCCUUCUCGCGUUGAUUUACCUCUCUGCCUCCGAGUCGUUCAACGUUACCUCGUUCUUCAUUCUCAACCGCAAAAUAAAUCAUGGCAUACACCCCCUUCCCCGACUCUCUCCCUCUCGAAUCACUACCUUAUUCCCAGAGGAACGACUAUGUCUACGAAGCUACUCAAUUAUCACAACCUGUCUUUUCACAGACUCAAAAUACACAAGGCACGUUCUACAACUCUCAAGUAGAGCCUAGGCGCAAGUACUGGGCAAUCUUCAUUUCCACCAACGACGCUCACUCCAUUCUCAAAAUCCCCUGGACAAAGUCUUUCCUUCAGAUAGGUCGAGGACCACAUGGUAUAGCCGGUAAUGACGUUGUUCUGCCCGAGAAGAGGAUAUCCAACCGUCACUGUCGUGUGACUUUGGGAAAUCAGGGAGUUAACGGGAGUGGAACGUCCGUUAACAGCGUGCAGCAAUGGAAAGAUGGAGAGACGGAUCCGGAAGUUUGGAUAGAGGAUCUUGGGAGUAGUAAUGGUACUUUUGUGAAUGGACUGAGAAUUACCACUCGUCGGUUGCUACAACAUGGGGACGAAGUAUCGUUGGGAUGUGCAGGAACAUUGGAAAAUCACGAUGUGAGGUAUAUUUACCGUUCGGUCGGUCCCAAGGGUUCCAGGACAGGAGGACCCAAUGGGCCUCAGUUGGUUGGAGAGGUGUAUGAACGGUACCAGAUACUAAAUCAACUUGGAAAGGGAUCAUUCGGGGAAGUUCGCAAAGCUGUUGAUGUGGAGACAGGCGAUCUACGAGCCAUCAAGCAAAUCGUCAAACACCGGUUUCAAACAGAUCCGAAAGCCUUGGAUCUCUGUCGACGGGAGAUAGAAAUCACCAGCUCUUUACAUCAUGAGAACCUAUGUCGGCUGAUCGAGUGGUUUGAAGAUCCACAACAUAUAUGUCUAGUAUUGGAAUAUAUUGAUGGAGGAGAUCUGCUGGAUUAUAUAUUGAAAUAUCCCAACGAGAUGGGUCUGCCGGAGGAACAUGCGGCUAUGCUGACUCUACAAAUAUGUCGUGGGAUGGCGUACACGCACAGUCGAGGUGUCGCUCAUCGCGAUUUGAAACCGGACAAUAUCCUGUUGAUGCGAGAAACACCAGACAGUCCGGUUGUCAUCAAGAUAGCCGACUUCGGCCUCGCAAAAAUGGUCAAUGCGAAAACCAUGUUAACAUCUCUUGUAGGGACUCCCCAGUACCUUGCACCGGAAGUUGUCAUGCAAGACAAGAGGAACCCUGGGUAUGAGAAUGUGGUCGAUUCAUGGUCGAUAGGAAUCAUCGUUUACAGUAUGUUGACCAAGUCCAUGCCAUUUGCUGAGGAAGGGGAUCAACCAUUGGAGCGUAUCAGAGCGCGUUUCACUCAGCCCUUCGAUGUGGACCUUCUCUUCGAGCGGGGUAUCAGUGACCGAGCCAUCGAUUUCAUCUCCCGUCUGCUGGAAAAGAAGCCUUCGGACAGAAUGACCAUGGCUCAAGCGUUGGACCACCCAUGGCUGGCAGGACCUGCUUCUCAAGACUCACAAGAUUCACCUCUCGUCCUCGGUGGAGAUUCAGUAUGGUCUAUCGAAUCAUUCGAAGGAGAUUCCGACUCUGAAGAUAACGAUAAUCAACUUGAAUGGUCUCGACCUCGAACGGUAUCCGGUACCAACCUUGAUUCGAAUCUUGCUGGAAGAUCACACGUUGUAGAUUCGGACGAAAGUUUCUCUCAACCAUUACAUAAUCUCCAUCUCCACGCUCCUGAAGUC